AAUUAUUUUGAAUUAUUAAGGAGUUGGGUGCUUAAGCUUUGCUAAAACAGUGCUUAUUUCAGAAAUGUGGACUGCUGAGGGUCAGAGCCGUUAAUAGUUUAUAAAAGCAGAGGCUUAGUUUUUUGAAUAUAAAACCAAAACAUCUGUGUCAUUAGAAUCUGGAUUACACAUCUAGGAUAAUUGUUUUUAAGUUUUGCUGUCAGAGAAAUGCUGUGAAAAGCACAAUGUGGUGAAUCAAAGACAGAAAUCUUGAAAUCUCUGUACUGAUUGAGGAGUUACAAUGUCUGCUUUGUGAACAAAAACUAUUUGGUAGUGGAUAGAACAUCUGAAAAUGCGGCCAUGGACUGGCUCCUGGCGUUGGAUUAUGCUCAUCCUUUUUGCUUGGGGGACCUUGCUGUUUUACAUAGGCGGACACUUAGUACGAGACAAUGAGCAUCCAGACCAUUCUAGUCGUGAACUGUCAAAGAUAUUAGCGAAACUUGAACGGUUAAAACAGCAAAAUGAAGACUUAAGACGAAUGGCAGAGUCUCUCAGGAUACCAGAAGGUCCUCUUGAUCAGGGCCCUGCUGCAGGAAGAGUUCAUGCUUUAGAAGAACAGCUAAUAAAGGCCAAAGAACAGAUAGAAAACUAUAAACAACAAACAGGAGAUGUGGGCUUAGGAAAAGACCAUGAAAUAUUGAGGAGGAGAAUUGAAAAUGGAGCCAAGGAGCUUUGGUUUUUUCUCCAGAGUGAAUUGAAGAAACUAAAAAAUUUGGAAGGAAAUGAAUUCCAAAGGCAUAUUGAUGAACUUCUGUCUGACUUGGGUGAUCAUGAAAGGUCAAUAAUGACAGAUCUGUACUACCUCAGUCAAACAGAUGGAGCAGGUGAUUGGCGAGAAAAAGAAGCCAAAGAUUUGACAGAGCUGGUACAGCGGAGAAUAACUUAUCUUCAGAACCCUAAGGAUUGCAGCAAAGCCAAGAAACUAGUUUGUAAUAUCAACAAAGGCUGUGGUUAUGGUUGUCAACUUCAUCAUGUAGUCUACUGCUUCAUGAUUGCAUAUGGUACUCAAAGAACACUAAUUUUGGAGUCUCAGAACUGGCGAUAUGCUACUGGAGGCUGGGACACUGUUUUCAGGCCAGUGAGUGAGACAUGCACUGACAGAUCAGGAAGUACUACUGGGCACUGGUCAGGUUCGGUUUCAGGUUCGAUUCGACUCUCAGAAUUAGACUGCAGGAUCCACCAGCUGAAAAGCGACAUCACAUGUAAAGGUGAGGCAAAUGAUAAAGAUGUUCAAGUAAUAGAGCUACCCAUAGUUGACAGUCUACACCCACGGCCUCCAUAUUUGCCAUUAGCUAUCCCAGAAGACUUGGCUGACAGACUGAUUCGUGUCCAUGGGGAUCCUGCAGUGUGGUGGGUCUCACAGUUUGUCAAAUACCUGAUUCGUCCACAGCCUUGGUUAGAAAAGGAAAUAGAAGAAGCUACAAGGAAACUUGGCUUUAAACAUCCAGUUAUUGGUAUUCAUGUCCGAAGGACAGACAAAGUGGGAACUGAAGCAGCCUUUCAUCCCAUUGAAGAAUACAUGGUACAUGUUGAAGAACGUUUCCAACUUCUCUCCCGCAGAAUUCAUAUUGACAAAAAACGAAUCUAUUUGGCUACAGAUGAUCCUUCAUUAUUGCAAGAGGCAAAAUCCAAGUAUCCAAACUAUGAAUUUAUUAGUGACAACUCAAUUUCAUGGUCAGCGGGUCUCCAUAAUCGGUAUACAGAAAACUCUCUGCGAGGUGUUAUUCUGGACAUACACUUUUUGUCUCAGGCAGACUUCCUCGUCUGUACAUUUUCUUCACAGGUAUGUCGAGUUGCCUAUGAAAUCAUGCAGACGUUACAUCCAGAUGCAUCAGCCUAUUUUCAUUCUUUAGAUGAUAUAUAUUAUUUUGGAGGACAAAAUGCCCAUAACCAGAUUGCCAUUUAUGCUCAUCAUCCCCGAACUGCUGAUGAAAUUCCUAUGGAACCUGGAGAUAUAAUUGGUGUUGCUGGAAACCACUGGGAUGGUUACUCCAAAGGCAUCAAUAGAAAAUUAGGAAAAACAGGCUUAUAUCCCUCCUACAAAGUAAAAGAGAAAAUUGAGACAGUCAAAUACCCCACAUAUCCAGAAGCUGACAAAUAAAGACAAGCAGGACAUCUUGCAGUAAUUCUCACUUUGAAGCUGUUUCAACCAACCAUACUAACUGUUGGUUUUUGUGGGAUAUGAAUUUGCAUUUUAACAUACAGUUAAAAUGAAAGCCUUUUAUCAUUCAGACUGGAUAUACAGCUUGGAACAUUUCAAUGGGCCAUUGUUUGGACUUAUUUUGUUAUAUGCACUUGCACUCAUGCACACUGACACACAUUCAACAGGGAAUCUGUUUUAUACUGUUUAUCUCUUUGAGGAUAUGUCCCUCCCAGGAGUCGUAUAUGAGCUUUGGGCUCUGUUCUUUGCCAUUAAUAGACCAUAAUAAGACUUUUAACACUGCUGCAUUGUGUAAUUUGAGUGACAUGAGCAUAUUUUGUAUGUGCAGAAUUUAAAACAUGGUGCCUCUCUUUGAAAGAUCCGGUGACCUUUUAGAAGAGCCAUGCCCAGUUCCAUUGAUGGGCAAGAGUUGUACUUGCCUUUAACUGAUGAUGUUUUGACCAUCGAACAUGCUCCAACCAACAGAUUCAAAACUCAGACUAGACCUUUCUUUAUAGGAGUUUUGUUAGCAAUUUCAUUGAUUAGUUCAUCUCAUUAAUAAAGAGUACAUCCAACAAUAAAAUAAUUGUCUGGUAGGAAGUUUUGUAAAACAAUGCCAUGAACUGAUUCUUUAGUACUGUUUCUGGACAUUGUCUUUGAUAACAAAAAAUAAAUUUGAAAAAUGAGUAGCUGGAUUUAUACAAGUAAUUUGAUAUUAAAA